UCAAAAGUAAUUGAUAAAAUCAAGAUCAAGAAUGUCAGGAUCUGGUUCCCCUUGUGGCGCCUGCAAAUUCUUGAGAAGAAAAUGUGUUGAGGGUUGUGUUUUUGCACCUUAUUUCAGCCAUGAACAAGGUGCUACACAUUUCGCAGCCAUCCAUAAGGUUUUUGGUGCAAGCAAUGUGUCGAAACUCCUUGCUCACCUUCCGGUGAGCAGUCGUUGUGAAGCGGCCGUCACAAUUGCAUAUGAAGCUCAGGCUAGGCUUCAAGAUCCUAUUUAUGGCUGUGUUUCUCAUAUCUUUGCCCUCCAAAAAGAGGUAGUCAAUCUCCAAGCCCAAUUAGCUUCUCUCAAGAAACAAGCAUCUCAGUCCUCCUUGUCUGGAUCCGACAAUGGAAACCCCAGUGAUAAAUUCUACGACGAAAGCUGCUCCUUCCGACAAGACGUUCAAAGCUGGUUUGAAUCCUGCCAAAAUCAAGAUACAAUGGCCCAAAUGUACACAAACGCAAACAACAGCGUGACAGAUAUUUUGUAUCCUCAAAGGGGCACAGUGAACGCUACUGUGAAGUGUGAAAAUCCAGUUUUUCCUGAAGAAAACAUCUCAAAUAGUAGCAUGGAUUCACUUGAAAUACAAUGGCAAAGGCCAUUUCAAAAUGACUUUGAUGACCUUCAAUCAGUGGCCUUCAGAUAUUUUCAGCAUUCAUGAGGAAUUGGGGUUUGACUAAUAAUUACAUUAGUGAAAAUUACCGUCAAAUUUUGCAUUACUGUUGCAGACUUCUACGAUAUAAAUUAAUUAUAGUCUAUAGAGAUGGAA